CACCGCUUUUGGCUCGUAUUCACGCUCUUCCGCUCAUUUCCAACAAGCCAGGUGCUCGACGACCAACCUCAGAGAGAGCGAGAGAGCGAGCGAGAGAGAGAGAGAGAAAGAGAGGGAGCGCGACAGAGAGAGAGAGAGAGAGUGUGUUUGACGGGAGAAAAAUAACACUGAACACUUUUACGACUCCUGCAAACUGACUGCGGAACAGCGUUUUCACCUUUGUGGAUUUUGUUACGUGCGUGCAUCCUGCAUGUAUGUGUUGUUGUCCUGUACGUGGCGCGGCGCAGCUCUGACUUGUAAGUGGACUUAACACCGAGACGCACCAGUGUUUCAACGCAGGAAAGAAAAAAGCAAAGCCGCAGCCGGAUUCCCUUUUUUAAAAAUUUUAUUUGAGUUUACUUUUCCCAGACUCAGAAGCUCCCAGACGUGGCAUGACUGGUAUCUGGAAUCUGGACAGGUGAAUAGUUUCCCCUCGGUCCUUCCUUUUCCUUCCUUGCGACAAGAACUUCCCCCCCUCGUCCUUAACACCGGGGAUAAAACAGUAUCCCGUCUGAAGAUGUCGAAGCCUGUUGAUCACAUCAAGAGACCCAUGAACGCGUUCAUGGUGUGGUCCCGGGGCCAGAGGAGGAAAAUGGCACAGGAAAACCCCAAAAUGCACAACUCGGAGAUCAGCAAGCGACUGGGCGCCGAGUGGAAGCUGCUCUCCGAGUCCGAGAAGAGACCUUACAUCGACGAGGCCAAGAGGCUUCGCGCUCAGCACAUGAAGGAGCACCCCGACUACAAGUACCGACCCCGGCGCAAACCCAAGAACCUGCUCAAGAAGGACAGGUACGUGUUCCCGCUGCCUUACCUCGGGGACUCCGACCACCUGAAGGGACUCCCCAUGUCCGCCGCGGACUCUCUGCUGGGCUCCAUGGAAAAAGCCCGGGCGUUUCUGCCGCCGACGUCCUCUCCUUACUCCUUCCUCGACCCGAGCCAGUUCAGCUCCAGCGCCAUCCAGAAGAUGACGGAGAUGCCCCACGCGUUGAGCGGCGCUUUGCCGUACGCGUCCUCGUUGGGAUACCAGAACGGCGCGUUCGGCACCCUCGGGUGCCCCAGUCAGCACACCCACACCCACCCGUCGCCCACGAACCCGGGCUACGUCGUCCCGUGUAACUGCACAGCCUGGUCAGCGUCAAGUUUACAGCCCCCGGUGGCCUACAUACUUUUUCCAGGUAUGACCAAGAGUGGGCUAGACCCAUAUUCAUCCGCACAUGCCGCUGCCAUGUAACCCACAAGACUCUUCUCCUCUUUUUCAUUCACUUGAAUACUGAAAUGCAUGUAAAUAUAUUACGGAGAGCGCGCCCCAUUAAAAAGGCAUGAACAAUACAAACACUGCCUUGGACUUGUUAUGGCAACAAAAAAAAAAGAGAAAGAAAAUAAAACUUUUCCAGAAGUUCCUGACCUGAGCAGAGAAGCUGGGAUUUGGUGUAAAAGGACGGUGCCCGUGAACUGUAAGAAAUGUAAAUGUUAUAACAUUUAUGGCAACCAGAAAAGGAGGCCUUUAACUUUAUUUAUUGUGUACAUUUCAAUACUGAUAGGCUGACUUGUGUUGAUUAUUGAUAGGCUACUCUUUUGUUUUGAACGAUUUGGCUUGCACAAUUAGCAUUCUUAUUUCCUGUAUAGGCCUAAAGGUAUUCUACAUUGGCACUCGUAAUUUUAUGAUGUUCUGGAUAGCGAUAAAAUCAGGGCCUAUAGGCUGGAUUAUAUACGGGUUAUUUAUCAAAAACACCGGCACAUAAAAACUAGACCGUCUAUUUAAGAGGAAAGAAAAAAAAUCCAUUUACAUCCAAAUGUUUUAUUUUGCCUUUUUCCUGUGGUUCAGUGCUAAAAUAUAGUCACAAGCGUCAUUUGAUUGGUUUCUGUUUUUUGAGGAUAACUUCUAUUUGAUUUCCAGGAGUUAUAUGUGUAUUUUCUAUCUAAGAUGGUAAUUUAAAACCUGUCAUGUUAUGGAAAGGAUAAUGUAUGUAAGGGUGAUACCUCCUGCUCUUUGUUCUAUUGCUGAGCAAAGACGUUCCGAAUAAAGACAAUCUGUCUUCAACCAGA